AUGGAUCGUCAACGAUUGGUUACUCUGCUCCAAGAGAGCCAGAUCCCCGACACACAGAGGGUCAAGGCCGUCACGGCAGAGCUCCAGAAGAACUUCUACUCCAAGCCCGAGUCCCUGCUCCUCCUGGUCGAGAUCGUCUGCACCAACGAGGAUGUCAACCUCCGUCAGCAAGCCGCCGUGCAGGCUGCUCGACUCGUCUCCAAGUACUGGGAGAAGAUACCCGCAGAGCAGAAGGCUGGCGUCCGGCAGCACCUGGUCGAGGCCACCAUGAAGGAGCAGCAUGCCAAGUGCAGACACUCCGAGUCUCGUGUCAUCGCCAGCAUUGCGAGCCUCGACCUCGACGAGAACGCAUGGCCAGACCUGAUCCCUUCCCUCUUCAGCCUCGCCGGAAACAACGAUGUCUCCCACCGUGAGGUCGGGUCCUACAUCAUCUACGCCAUCCUGGACGAGAACCCCACACACUUUGCUGAGAAGGUUCGCGACUUGCUCUCUCUCUUUUCCAACACCAUCAAGGAUCCUCAGAGCAGGGAUGUCCGGGUCAACACCAUGAUGUCUAUCGGUGCUGUGUUGAUGCUUGUCGAGCCUGAAGAGGACGAGGCUGCUGUCACAGCUGUUCAACAGCUCAUUUCUCCCAUGGUCAACGUUCUGAAGGACGCCGUGGAGAGCAACGACGAGGAGAAGACCAAGCAGUCAUUUGAGGUCUUCCAGCAGUUCCUUGCCUAUGAGCCUGUCCUUCUCGGUCCCCACCUGCGAGACCUCAUGGCUUUCAUGGCCGAAUUGGCUGCCAACAAGAAUGCCGAUCCGGAGGUGCGCUGUCAGGCUCUGGCCUUCUUGGCCCAGGCUGUCCGUUACCGCAGGAUGAAGGUUCAGGGCAUGAAGGACAUGGGCUCCCAGCUGACUCUCAAGAGCAUGGAGAUCCUCACCGAGAUUGAUGAUGACGAGGAUGAGGACGAGAUCACCCCGGCGCGGGCUGCUCUGUCCCUUCUCGACCAGCUGGCAAGCGAUCUGCCCCCGCGUCAGGUCAUCGUGCCCUUGCUCGAUGCUCUGCCCAAGUACGCAUCGUCCGCAGAGCCUGGCUUCCGCAAGUCCGGCGUCCUUGCUCUCGGUACUGUGGCUGAGGGUGCUCCAGACUUUGUCUCCACCCAGCUAAAGAUGAUCAUGCCUAUCGUUCUGCGUCUGCUCAAUGACCCCGAUGCUGGAGUUCGCCACACCGCGCUCAUUGGUCUGACUCGCAUUGCCGAUGAGAUGGCUGAGGAACUGUCCGAUGACCGCGACGCUCUCGUCGCGGCGCUGCUCAAGAACAUCCAGGCUGCUAGCGCCGAGACAUCUGAUGCAGACGCUGCCAAGAAGAACAUCGAGAUCAUGCGAUGUGCUUGUGCUGCCCUGGAUGCUUUGGCGUCUGGGUUCGACUCUGAUGUCAUGCAGAAGUACGGACCAGAGCUGAUCACCCCCAUCGGCAAUCUCCUGUCGCACCCCGACUUCAAGGUCAAGGGAGCCGCCGCUGGAGCCCUAGGUGCCGUUGCUGGCGCCAUGGAGGAGCACUUCGCUCCUUACUUUGAGAACACAAUGACUGCCUUGGGACCCUUUAUCCAGAUCAAGGAUAGUGAAGAUGAGCUUGACCUUCGAAGCGGCGUGUGCGACGCUAUGGGUCGCAUCGCCACGGCAGUAGGCCCCCAGAAGUUCCAGCCUUAUGUUAUGGAGCUCAUGAAGGCAAGUGAGGAGGCGCUCAACCUUGGAAACCCAAGGCUGCGGGAGACGAGCUUCAUACUGUGGAGUGCCUUGUCCAAGGUCUACGGCAAGGACUUUGCCCCCUUCAUCGCCGGAGUGUUCAAGGGUCUGUUCGACAGCCUGGAGCUCGAGGAGGAAGAGCUUGUCCUGAACCUGUCCGAAGAGGAGAAGGCCAUCAUUGGCACAGAGGAUGGCAUCAUCCAGGGUGGCAAGAAGAUCAAGAUCCGAGAACCUGAAGAGGGUGAGGAGGCCAUGGAAGAUGACGGCUUCGAAGACGACGAUGACGACGACUGGGGAGAUUACGGCGUCACUCCCGAAGCUAUGGAGAAGGAGGUCGCCAUCGAAGUCCUUGGAGAUGUGGUCACCCAUGCUUGUGGUCUUGCUGAGAUCUCGCAAUAUCUCGAGAAGGCGCUGGAGAACAUCACACCACUCGUCGAGCACAGCUACGAAGGCUGCCGCAAGGCGGCCAUUAGCACUUUGUGGCGGUCAUACGCCCGUGUCUACGAGCUGUUCGAGGAGCAGACUGGCACCAAGUGGGAGGCUGGCUUCCCUCCCAAGCAGGCUCCGUCAGAGACUCUGGUCAAGCUGGGUGAGAUUGUUUCUGCGGCAACAUUGAAGCUGUGGCCUGAUGAGACCGAUCGCAACGUCGUCACCGAUAUCAACCGCAACGUUGCUGCGACUCUGAAAGCUUGCGGGCCUGCUAUCCUGACGCAGGCAAAGAUGGUCGAGCAGACUGUUACCGUCCUGACCACCCUGAUCACCCGCUCGCAUCCCUGCCAGCAAGAUCUUGGUGACGAGGAGGAGCAAGACGCCGAGGCUGGGUCUUCUGAGUAUGACUGGCUCAUCAUCGACACCGCCCUCGAUGUGGUCAUAGGAAUGGCUGCCGCGAUGGGUGCUCAGUUCGGCGAGCUGUGGAAGAUCUUCGAGAAGCCUGUCAUGAAGUUCGCAUCCUCUCAAGAGGAUCUCGAGAGGUCAACAUCGGUCGGCGUCAUUGCUGAGUGCGCCGCACACAUGGGCGCGGCUGUGUCCCCGUACACGCCUGCGAUCCUCAAGCUCUUGCUCAAGCGUCUCACUGACCCCGACCCCGAGACGAAGAGCAACGCUGCUUAUGCAACUGGCCAGCUCAUUUACCACUCUACCGAUGCCAACACGUAUCUGGCAAGCUACACCGACAUCCUUACCAAGUUGGAGCCCAUGCUUUCCAUCGACCACGCGCGCCUCAAGGACAACGCGACAGGUUGCGUCUGCCGUAUGAUCAUCUCCCACCCUGAGAGAAUGCCUAUUGCCGACGUGCUCCCUGUCCUCGUUGGCCUGCUGCCCCUGAAGGAGGACUUUGAGGAGAACACGCCCGUGUACGAGUGCUUGUACAAGCUCUACGAAGCCAAUGAGCCUACCGUCCAGAGCCUGACACCAAAGCUCAUCGGGGUCUUUGAGAAGGUGCUGAGCCCGCCCGAGGAGCAGCUCCAGGAUGAGACGCGCCAGCUCGUGCAGCGCAUCGUCCAGAGCCUAUACAAGGCCAAGCCAGAGCUUUUCCAGGGCCACGAGCAGGUCCUGAAGGUUUCCGGUGCUGCUUAA